UCUGGAAGUGAUGAACGUCAGCUAAAUAAACAACAUUAUUGUCAAUUUUUUAGUAAUCAAAGUAAAAUGCCAUGCCUACGCCUAAUACUCUUCUUCGGUCUAAUGAUCGCCGUUCCGCUAACAAUGGACGCCGCUGUGUACACUUGCAAUAUUCAGCUGCUGGAUGGUGUGGUGCAGAAGGUAUGCCGCAAACUCCAAUGUCCCGUUAAUUGCUCGAAUGGCAUAUGUAAUAUGCAAUUACAAUCUUGUAUGUGCAAUAAAGGCUACGAAUUCAUCGGUGGAUCAUGUGUACCCACGUGCGAACCGUCGUGUGGCGAGAGCCAGAUUUGUACAGCGCCGAAUGUGUGCGACUGUGCAGAAGGAUACGCUUUAUUGAACUCUAAGUGUGAGCCAUUUUGUAGAACACCUUGCGAUGACACACAAUAUUGUGCUGCGCCGAAUACUUGCGCAUGUUUGGCGGGUUACAACAACGCCACGACUGGUGGCUGUGAACCGAUCUGCAUGAACGACUGCGGUGAACAUGGACGCUGUAAGGCGCCAAAUUUGUGUGAAUGCGAUGAAGACUACAGUGUACAGGGGCAGAGCGGCUGUGCGCCCAUUUGUGAUGCAGAGCUUUGCGCCAACGCCGAUUGUAUUGAACCAUAUCAGUGCAUUUGUCAUGAGGGCUAUAAGCUUAACUUUGACACCAAUAAAUGUAAGCCAUUGACAGAAAGCGAGGAUGAUGCGGAAACACAAAAUAUAUUGCACUUAAUCGAUGUGCGUUCUGGACGUGAUUAGGAGUCUUUAAAUAUGUCUAAUGAAAUUUUGAUCAAAAAAUCAUCAAUUAUCAACAAUUGAAAAAUAAAAAAUAAAGAAUAUAUAUAUGUA